GCCCUAUAGCCGUGAGAAGGCAAAAAGACCACACCCGGAAGGGUCCUACCAAUGAGGGUAACGUCGAAAAUUUUUGGAAACAAGGUUCCUACGAUCCUACUGUGAUUGUUUGCUCUCGGCCCUAAGAGAGAUAAUAUGACGAAUAUUGGUGGCCCCACCCAGAAACAAUCAUAUUUUGCCUCGAGGGCCCACCUUCGCGAAGACGUCGAAGGUGCGAGUAUAGCGGCAGCGGAGGUCGGAAGACCUUAUCACGAGCAGCCACGUGGCGUUGCGAGAGCGACCGAUUUGGUAUGGAUCUUGUUCCGAUCUGAGGAGAAUUCCGCUCCAGAUGCAAGGGUUAUGAACCUGCUUGUACUACGCAGUCAGUUCCUGUGCCACGCCUUCCGCCAGCUUCGCCCAUCAGGCUGGUCUGACGAAACAAUUUUUGACACGCUCACACAAAUUUUACCACCCGAUUUAGCGAAGCGGACCGUUUCUCGCAUCUGGAUGUGGUUAUGGUUAAAUAGCAGGGCCUGGCAUGCGGUUUGCUACCUCCUCAGACUACCAUUCGACCACCUGCUCCAAUAUGAUGCCUAUGCCCCAUUACCAUCAUCUUCCGACAAGUUAAGAUUCGAGGACUCCCCUUUGUCACCGAACGCAUCUUCUCGCACGGCUUGGGUUGACCCGGCUUCGCUGUCCAACUAUGGUGAUGUUUCGAAGAUCAGUGGCAAUGUUACGCCACACAUGAAACAGCUCAUCUUGAAUACGUUUAUGGCUUACGGAGCUGGCGACGAAAGUUGCUUUGGACACGCUGUUGCCAAAUCUGUGAAAUUUAUCGACAUGAGCAUUUCCAAAUGUAAGGAAAAGCAUGGGAGAAUGAAUGCAACCACAGUGGCGGAGGUGGAUGUAACCAAGGGCAUGCUGAAUGGCGCUGGGAUGCUACAUGGCGGAUGCGUCGCAUUCUUGAUUGACAAUUGCUGCAGCACCCCAUUGGUUGCUUUGGGGCUUGUGCAAAAUGUCAACGGUGUUGGCGUCACGCAGGCCAUGAACAUCCUUUUCCACUCUCCAGCGCCUGGUGGUUCGUGUCUUCGGAUAAUCAGCACAUCAGUAGCAAUGGGGGGUCGCAUCAUGAGCGCCAGAUGUGAGAUCAUCGAGAAACAGACGGGAAGAAUCGUCGCGUCAGCAUAUCUCAACAAGAUGCAGCCUUCGAUGGCGAAGUUGUGAUCUAGGUCCCCGACCUCCAGUUUCUAUCGUAUCGUUUCUUUUUGGUUUUCUGGAAGUGUAUACUGGUUUGGGAUUCUUAGGGUGCAAUUGCCUGCACCGACAAUUCAUUGUACAUUACUAGCAUAUUUCCCAGCGCGUCUUCAUACAUCAUACUGUAAUGUCAUGAGAGUAUUUUUACUUACCAUACUCCCGGAUUGACCCCAACUAUUUCCAAUA